AUGACUCGCCGCCCUAGAACAUUCACGAACCGUGGAUCAUUUUGUAUGCCACUGCCCUCACGUCGACCUUCAAUUGCAAUAUUCCAAUCCUUGUUCCGCUCUCGACAGCUCAAACCAGGAUAUUUCGCACGGCUGUACUCCACAAUGACCGAGGACCAUCGCAUCGAGUACAACUGGGUCAAGGGUGUAGAGACACUCGAAAAAUAUCAGCGUGGGGGUUAUCAUCCCAUCAUGAUUGGAGACGUGCUAAAUGACAGAUACCACAUUGUUGACAAACUUGGCUUUGGGGGCUACUCGACGGUUUGGCUUGCCCUAGAUGCAAAUCUGAAGCAAUAUGUUGCAGUCAAAGUCAAUAUAGCAGACUCGCUUCCGCGUGAGACGAAAGUCCUUAGGGCCCUGUCUUCUCCUUUUCUGUCAUCCUCGCCCGUGUGCCCCGGACAUGAUUUAGUACCUCUUCUCCUAGAUGAAUUCAAAGUGCAAGGUCCUAAUGGAAACCAUACGUGCUACACGGUGACCCCUGCACAAUGCAAUCUCAGAGAGAUCUCCUUUAGCCGUCUUUUCUCCCUCAGAGUUGCCCGGGCACUAUCAUAUGGGCUUACACAGGCCGUUGCUUAUACACAUUCUCAAAACUAUGUCCACGGAGAUAUUCAUCUAGGAAACGUUUUGGUCAAACUCCCGUCGAGCUUUGAUGACUUAUCCAUAAAGCAAUUAUAUGAAAAGUAUGGUGAGCCCGAGACAGUCCCUGUCACACGAUGUGACGGGGAACCAUUACCCUCUAAUGCCCCAGCCAAGGCGGUUGUGCCGCUGUUCCUAGGGAAAUAUGCAGAGGAGUUCUCAUUAUCCGACGCGCGUCCGCUUCUGAGUGACUUCGGUGAAGCGUUUUCACCCGCUUCGGAAGUCCGUCUUGGGAAAGACUGCCAUACGCCACCCGCAUUUCGAGCUCCAGAAGCCAAAUUCGAAUCGCACGCUCCCCUAGCAUAUCCCUCUGACAUCUGGAGCCUGGCUACGGCAAUCUGGGAGAUCGUCGGAAUGAAAGCCAUUUUUAGCACCGAUUACGUGCAUGAGGACGAAAUAGUGUCUCAACAAAUUGAUGUACUUGGACGUAUUCCUUUGGAGUGGUGGCGGCGGUGGGAAGGACGACCUCGGUUUUUCGAUGAGCAGGGGUGCCCAACAGAAUCCUACCGCGGAAACAGAUGGCCUCCACUUCAGGAGUCAUUUGAGGUCGGCGUGCAGAAAUGGAGACGGAAAGUGGGAGACGAGUUUGACGAAAACGAGAAAGCUGCGUUCCUAGAUUUGAUGCGCCGAAUGCUGUCAUUUCGGCCGAAAGAGCGGCCGACUGCUGAAGAGGUGCUAAAAUCGGAGUGGAUGGUGAAAUGGGCAUUGCCGGAUUACGAGCGGAGGUAA